GCCAGGGAGACCGCGUCAUGGCGGCGGCGUAAUGGCGGCCGCGGCGCUGAGGAGGAGGUGUCAUGGCGGCGGCGCUGAGGCGACCGCACGAUGAUGUCGCGAUACACGAGGAAGCCGCUGCCCCCCAGCGCUCUGGAGUCACAAGGACUUACAAAACAUGCCUUGCGGCAUCAUCCGCUGCCAGAUCCACAAGAUGAGGGGCGCCCAGCCACACCCUAUUUUGGAAAACUACGGAGAGAUCUCAAGUGAGUCUGAAAUCUCGAAGGAAUCAGAUUACCCUCCUGUUACUCCGACCAAUCGUGGGAAUUCAUGGUCUGCUAGUCCGAGUUAUGCAGAAACCUCCACUGAAGACAGCUCGAUCUUGUCUUGGGGCUAUGAUGAAUUUGAUAAAGUUGCCACGCAACGAGUUCAGCAGAUGUUCAGAGAAAUUGAUGAGCUGCUCUAUGAGCAGAAAGCAAGUGUACAUGUUGAUGGACUGCAGGAAGAAUGCCAGCAAUGGACAUCCAACUUUCCUCAUCUCAGGGUUGUGGGGAAGCAGAUAGUGAUCCCCACAGAUGAAGGGUAUGGAUGGUAUUCGAGUUCACCUUCUGCCAGUUUAGGUUCAUCUGAUGUAAGCUCAUCACAAGAAAAAGAUUCUAAUGAAUUUAGUGUUUUUGGCAAGAAGGUGCCUCUUUCUGUCAGUCCUAUUCACAAAAAGGCCGACUGUUCCAAGUCUCUGACCUUAUGUUCUCCAGAGAGCGAAGAAGGUGAAGAUGAAAUAAUUGUCUCUGAAGGUGUAAUGGAGGAAUAUUUAGCAUUUGACUGCGGAGAUGUGGAGGAGGAAUUGCAUGGGAGGAAAAUGGGACUCUGCUCUGACAGACGGAAACUAGGGUUUCCUCCUAUCUCUCCGUAUUCCUGCAUGAAGGAUUCUGUGCUCACAUUUGUGUUUGAUGAUGUGUGGAGUGAAGUCCUAGGCUGCAUGGAAGAGUUAAUCCGCAGACACUGGGAAGGAUCAGCCUCUGAUGAUGAGAAAAACAUCAUAACAGUAGAAACAAUCCGACCAGGUUCUGGAAGCCCUUUGCAGUUAGAUCUUCCGCCAGUGUCGUUGCCUCGCGUGCCACAAACUAAAAUGCCCUCAGGGACAUCAAAUCUGUGCCCCAAAACCAGAUGUGGCCGUAAAACCAAAAAGAGGAGAAAACCACCUCAAGUAAAUCUCUCUCAAGGCUCAAGUAGCAGCUCUCAACGUAAUCUAAAUGACUUGAUAGUGAUCCAUGGGAUCCAGUUACAGCAAAGGAAUCUGCCUGUAAUGGAGAAAACACUGGACCUGGAUGACAAACGACCAGGCUCCACUUCCAUCCUCCCAAACAGAACGUGGCCAAAUCGUCCCCCUCUGGAGCUCAGUACGUCAUCUCUGUCAAGGUCCACGAGAAGGCAGAACCCACCACCACGUACCCUGCAUCCCAUCAACACAAGCAACUCUCGUACUGGGACCCCACGAUCUGUGGACGAUGUCUUCAGGGGUACUCGAAUUCUGACUGCAUACGAGCAGCUGACCUCACCCUCCCCGCUGCCACUGAGCCGAAAUAAUCUCCUACCACCCAUCAGUACCACCGACGUGGCAGAGCGCGUGGGCACCACAGGAUCCCAGAGGCAAACGAAAUCUCGGGGGAACUCCAGUCGAUCUCAGAGUGUAACGACCCAUGAAGAUAACCACCAGCAGCUACACGAGAGGCUUUUCUUACCUGAUCAUUUCUCCAGGCCUAAAACAACCAACGUGUUCUUGCCGGACCCCCAGCGUCGCCGUUCUUGCAGUGUUAUCGAUCACAGUAAUCAAUCUUGGCCAAGCAGAGGAUCAACAGAUUCAGGUCUUCAUCCACAUGGCUCUGUGAAAGCUCAAAGUCGAAGCGGAUCAGUCACAAAAAACAAACAUGGGUUCUAACGUGUCAUGAAGAAGUAUCCAUCCAUCCAUCCAUCCAUCUAUCCAUCUCCAGAAAGUCUCGAACCACCUCUCAUUCUCAGCAAUGUCAGUGUUGUUUACAGAGUCUUCAAACAUCCUUCUUAGGAAUAAUCUUAUUUUUUAUAUAAAUCUAAGAAGCAACUGCCAAAGAUUAGAAGGGAUAUACUUGCACAUUCCAUUUUCUACCACUAGGAAAAGCUGUACUCCAGUGGACAGUGAAGCGUAACUCCUAGAAAAUCUAGCAGAUACUCUAAAUCAUUGCUGUUUUCCCAUUAUUUAUUACUGUUUUGUGACUGGUUCAUGUUGUUACAGGCAGGUACUGCAGAACCUGCUGAUCAGCUCUACGAAAGAUAAAUCAGGCCUUCCCUAGCAGUAGUAAUUUAAGUUUUUAAAGCUAUGUUUAAAGCUGUAUUUAUAUACUCGAAGCAAUAUUGUAUUAUUAAAAGCAAGCACUACAUAUGCUACUGCUUCUAUGACUCAACUUAGACAAGUUAUGAAUUCUGUAGUACUUGGAGAAGAUGCUAAUGCUGUUGUGUAAAAAUAAGGUAGCAAAACAGAUGAAGAGAACUGACAGCUUUAGGGGUAGCAUACCACCGAACCCUCCUGUGUUAUAUACUUAUACCUCUUCCUCAGUGUCUGAAGGAGGUUUAAGGUGGGAAAAGGAAUAGCUUUAUGUAAGUCCAGACUGUAUCCAAAGAAAGCACACUGUCUUCCUGGCGAGGUGUUUUAUGGUAAAUCCACAGUCUCCUUUUCUAAAAUAAACCUGCAGUUUUGUAUUUCUGCACUCCGCCACAAAGGCCCACAGCUGCAACAUCACUUAUAGUAGACGUGCUCUGCACUGUGUGAUAGACGUGCUACAGAUACCAGCUCCUUGCCCUUGUAGCUCCAGGGAAAACAAAAACAUGAAAUGGAAGCUUUUCAAAAUAAGUGAUUAGCUGAAGGUCUUACUCCCAAGCCAGACUACAAGAAAGUGUAAAGACAAGCUGAAGAUAACCACUUGUGUAUUUUAACAGCUAGGAUAAUGCAUGAAAGUGGUUGUUCCAUUAUAAUCCCCUUUAAAAGCACUUUUUCUACAUCUCUUUACUGUUGAUAUUUUCUAAAUUACAAUUCAUAAUGGAAAGAACUUGUCAGAAUGCUUUCUGAAGUGGCUCCCGUAAUUCUCCACCAUAAGCUAUGCAGUCCAGCGAGUGUUAGUUGCACCUGGAGAACAGCUGAUAGUUUUUGAUCUGGAUUCACGUUCUUCAGUCCAGUUUGUUCAAGUAUGCACUGAUCAAAAAGAAAGCAAAGCAGAAGUGUGCAAACUUAAAUAGGAUAACUCCUUCCUUUGCAUUUCCAGAGGAAAAAAAGCCGUGAUCUCGAUAUAAAUCUCUUUAAAUGGAUGCUAGAAAGUAGCCUGCAGUCACUAAACCCUUUCAAAAGUUUCUCUAACUGUUGAGGCUAUCAGAACACUGUGUAGUGUAGAAUUUAGUUAUCUCAGCUGGAGAUGAGCAUCCUGUUUGUACCAGUGCCAUUCCUCAGGGACUUGUUUUCAGUAGCCCUAGUGUGUCAGUUACAAAAAUACAUAAACUCGAACAGACUUCUAGUAAUGUAGUAUUUCAUAGCUAAGGGGAGUCAGUGAGUUACAGAAGUGAAAGCAGUCUCUUGUAAGGUAACUUCUGAUUUCCGUUCAAACGGCUGACACCAGAGACUUGUCCUGCACUGUUAGGUACCUGUUUUGUGUAGCAAAAGUUGUGUUCAAGGCCUGUGUGCUAAGCAACACAGCAAUCUACUGAACUCAGAACCAGAAUAAUGUUUAAAGCAGCCAAGUAAAUGGGAACAGAGUUCCCCUUCUACCUCCAGCUUGCCAAGGGAGCUCUGUUAACUUGUUUCUGAAUUCUGUCACUGAAAUGAUGAGGAUCUUCAACUCAGAAGUAAGUGGUCACCUUGUAGCUCUUCAGCCUUUAAGAAAUGAUCCACAAAAUAAAGCCAGCUUUAUUCCUUUGAGCUACAGCAGGCUCAAGAGAGUUACCCUUCAACUUCAUACCCCUCCACGAUACAUAAAGUGGUUUAAAAAGAGCUGAAAUAAAAACCCUUCAGAAUAUUUGCACGUGUUACAGGAGUACUUCACUUCUGAAGUAACAACUGGUGACAAACACAGUGCACACAAAACCAGGAGGCAGAAGUAACUAACCACUACCAUCAUACAGUGCCUGGGGUGUGAUGCCUUUGAAAUGACACACGAUGCACCUUGAAGUUUUGGAACUCCUUGUUGUGGGACAUCACAAACCCUAGAAAUACACAGAACUGCCGUGUUCUGUCCUUCUAACUAUUACAUCAGCUCAGCGUGUUAGAUGUUAGGAAAACUUCUGCAAAGUCACUUACAUACUUGUUGUAGGCUCAUUUUCUUCUCAAGGCAUCUACUCACUGUCAACCACCAGCACAAUUAACACUAUAGCUGUAGAUGCAGUAAAAGUGCACAGUAUUCAUUUGACUCAAAACCCUAAGAAGAGUUAAUGUAAUCAUUUUGUUUUGAGCAAUUACUUAGGAAACAGAGGGCUGGGGAAGCAAGAUAGCACAAAAUUCUGCAAAAUCUUCGUUUAUUAAAUCUGCAAUUUUCAAAAGGAUUCUUAUAAAACCACUGGAGUAUCUGAAAAACAUCUGAUGAACUGAAGUGCAAAGACCUUUAAAAGCCUCGCAAGGUUUGUUAGAAAAGAAAUGCGUGAACAACAAAAAGAGAAGGUUUCUAAGUCAGAAGCCACAGGAACUGUUGCUGAGGACCCUGAAGGUGCAGGAUUACAUGGUUUUCCCAUCAGCAGCACUGAUGCCCCCCCUAGUGUUUGGAGGGAACACGCUUCAAUGCGACUUUAAUAAACAGACAAGCAUCCCAACCAUCUCAUCGCUUCCUUGCUGUAACAAAACUAUCAGCCAAGAAUCUGAUUUUAACUAAAAAGCACCAAAGAACUUUAAACAGCAGCACCAGAAUGCUUUGUCAUUCACGAUGUAUUCUGCGCCCUACUUCCCAGUCACAGCAAGUUGGUGCACGCGCUCUGAAACAGCAGUCCAGAAAACCCCUGAAAUUCUCCCAAAUCCAGAUGGUCCCAUACAAUAUAAUACCUCUCAUUUCAGCCUACGUAGUCCUUUAUUUCUUCCCUUUCUUGGCUGCAGUCUUCUUUCCUCCCUUUUUAGGAUUGUUCCCGUAUUUUGCUUCCAGAUGGGACAAAAAGUCAUCCAUUUCCUUUUUACGAUCUUUAUUUCUGCUCUGUGGGAGGGAAGAAAACACAAACCUUUUAUUACUGCUCAAUACAGAUUGUUCUAAUGAAGUUAGAUAGCUACAUAAAACCCUGGAAUGUACUAAGCAGGGAAUACAGGCUACAGAAGGUGUAGUUCUGUUAAGCAAAAGCCUAUUGUAUCCCUUGGGCUCUAUACCUGACUUCUGCAAGUAUCAAAACAGAGGUAAAUAAGGCCAUAAAAAUACACAACUUAAGGCUAGGAAAAGCAAAGCAAUUUCUAGUUUAAACCCCAAACUCAAAUACAAUUUGAGGAAUGGUUACAUGUCAAAUCCUAGGAAUCCCACUGGACAUGAAGAAAGCCAAAACUGGAAACCAAACCAAAGCCUAAACAGAAUGUUUCUUUCCUCAUUCCCCAAAACAUCAAAACAGAACAGUAAGACUGAUCAACUUUGGAAACCUUGUGGAAUCCCCCAGAAAGAAAAAAAAA